AUGUCCGAACCACCGAUCGAGGAGCAAGGCGUUCAAUUAUACCAGCAUGAUCCAUCGCAGCGCUCGGUCGUGUCUUCGGGAAGGACUUUGCUACCAGGAACCAUUGCAUCGCUCGUCACCACCUUUACCCAGACCGCUUCGUUCGGUCUUCGAGUCGGCACUAAAUUAGGGGGUUUUGCAAUCGCCGGGGCUCGAGAAACCACUCUGACGAGCCUCGAGCUCACACGAGCUGCCGUGGAAGCUAUCUUGACUCGUGCUGGCAAAGAUGUGUCGGAAAGAAGGACUGACGAACUUGGGAGGGAGGAGGCUGAGAGCACACUCGAGCGAAGCAUUUCAUCACUACAUUCCACCAUAGCAUCUAUCUCCUUCUUUGCGUCCUCGGGCUUCUACCUGUCUACAGCCGUCCUCACAUCUGCUUCGGCGCUGUCAAUGCAGGGGCUUUCAACCCUUAAUGCAGUACUAGGAUCUACAGAGUCUUCUCGAGCAGUCGCUGCAAUUAUAGAAUUAAUCAAAGAUGAGUUUAAAAAACCCGAAAUGGGAAGAGAGAGUGAAUUUGUUGGAUACUUGGACCUGUUCAGUGGAACGGUGGGCUUUGUGUUGCUGCAGCGAUGGGGUAGGCGCAAGACAGAACAGGAAUUCCGCGGGAACGGAGGUGAAGAAGUCAUCUGGGAUGCUGUAAUAGAUGACCGCGGUUUUAGAGCUGACGUUGUGGGCACGAAAAAGUCAACAUACUUUGCCAGUGGCCAUCCCGCCGGCGAAGAAAUAAUGCGUCGAGGACGGCCGGUUUCAUUCCUUUCCCCUGCCGGAGACGAAGCCAUCGAAGCCAUAGAGAGGGGAACAAUCCACGAGAUGCCAGCUGUCUCUCUGUCUACUGCUGACCAAACCCGACUGUCUGACGCAGAGAUCCGAGAGCAUAUUCUGAGUCAAUUGCCUAAAGGAUGUCAUGCUGUGAUUGCUUCCGAGACUAUUACUGCAAAGACGAUCAGGGUCGAUCUUUACAAUACUACUGUCACCGAGGUCACUCCACCCCCUGGGACAGUCAUGGUCAGGGAGCACUUCAAUCACACCGACGCUAAUAGCUCAACUGGGGAACAGCACAUCCCCUCACAAACCGUGGUCUUCAGGACGGCUCUGAGAAGAACGAGUAACGCCGAUGUUGAGCCCACAGAUAGACAUAGACUGACCUCCCUGAAUCACGCCCAUCCUGAUACGCCAUAUGAUUCCGACGAUGCCGUUACUAUGGGGGAUAUGACGGCUCCGCAACAAACACGACCAAUGCCUCCUGUACGACCAGCAAAUCAAGUCAUCUCAACUUCUAAUCCCGGCUCAGAGAGCGAAGAAGAGCUAGACUACCCAGCCACACAACUGUCAAGACUAGCAAGGUCUUCUGUUAUACCGAUCGCAAACCAGAAAAAGGCUCGACAACCAGUACCAUCAUCGGAAUCAAGCUUUGAUGCGGUCAAGCAGGCCAUGACAAAGACGUCGAUGACUGGCUCAAUCAAAUCUUCCUCACCAACACAUGGAAAGCAGAAGAAGGUUGGACCGUUCAUGAAAGCUUUGAAACAGUUGAGCCCAAGUGCUUCCUCAGCUCGCAUCCAAGAAAAUCUGAGCGCACGUUCCUCAAAGCCUGCCGAGUUGCCGAUUGCUACGAAAGCAUCUUUGGCAAAGUCUACAUAUAAAUCACAAAUUCCUCGCAUGACGUCCUCGCAAAAUUCGCAGAACAAGUCUCUUCCUCAAGUACCAGCUCAACAAAGCAACCGCCACUCUGCAGGGAGAAACGUCCUGUCGCCUCAGAUACCGCGUUCUCCAUCACCUCCAAGCUGCUACGCUGUCCGGGAGAGACGUCAUGACAGUAUGGUACACGAAACCGAGACUUAUUCAACUCACUCGUUUGAAAACCGACCCGGCUCACCAACCGUUGUCAGAACUCAUUCUACAAGCAUGAGUGGUUUGUCCAAGGCCAGGUCAGACCGAGAUGUCACUAUGUGGAAUGCUGGCGAAGGGUUUCCCAUCGCUUCAGAAACCAAUCAGCAUAGAAGAUCCAAAUCCUUCAUUUCCAGUCUCUACUCGAUGGCCUCUAGUGGAUCUGAAACCUCACUCAUUUUAGCCCCCAAAGGAUUGGUUCCUAGGCCUAGCAUUUUCGAUGAUCAUGAGGUUCUUUCCGCCCUUGCUGCUGAAGGGAAGGUUCCUGGUAUCUUCCCCAACGACCAUCUUGUACGAAAUGUUCGUCGAUAUGCUCGAUUCUCCUCGGCAUCGUACGGAUCCCACUUUCUGCGGUUCAUGGGCUUGACAGCUGCAGAUGCAAACCUCAAAAUCUCAGCCGAAUUAGAGAAGGCAGAUAUCCACCACGAGCACACUUCCUUUUGCAGGCAUACUGGGCUGCCGCCUGACACGAUAUUGCUUUCUUCAUUUGAAGAUCCACAUGGUGGGAUUGAUUACACUCGAUCAACGUCGACUGCCCUGCCUCUGGUGCACUUCAUCUCCAUCGAUCGUGAAUCGAAAGCCGUUGUGCUGACGUGCCGUGGUACGCUCGGCUUCGAGGAUGUUCUAACGGACAUGCUCUGCGACUUCGAUGAUCUGUAUUGGCGUCGUAAGGCCUACAAAGUGCACAAGGGGAUUCACGCCUCCGCUCGGCGCAUGUUAUGUGGUAAAGAUAGCCGUGUGAUGGCCACUCUUAAAGCAGCACUAGAAGAAUAUCCCGACUUCGGGCUCAUCCUGACCGGUCACUCUCUUGGAGGCGCUGUAGCCUGUCUUCUCGCUAUCCUCAUCGCUGAGCCCAGCACCAUCGAAGAAUCCGGCGCCCAAUUCACCACCACCACACCUCAGAAAUUAAUCGCCCAUCCUGACCUCGCCCACAACGACAUGCCACCACCCAUCACCCUCCCCGGCGGCCGCCCCAUCCACGUCUACGCCUACGGCCCCCCGGCAACGUUAUGCCCUUCCCUCCGCCUCGCCACCCGCGGCCUAAUAACCACAAUCGUAAACUCCAAUGACAUCGUCCCCUCCCUCUCCCUCGGCAUCCUCCACGACUUCCGCACCGUCGCCCUCAACCUCAAACACGACACAACAGGCGCCAUCGCCGCGCUGAAAUCACGGGUUUGGGACCGCGUCCGCCAUGCCGCUCAGAGCGCAUUCUACGUCGACAGCGGGGUGCCUCCACCACCCGAAAACACGGCAGGCGACGGGCUGGGAGAGGAUACGUGGGCAUGGGCUGCGCUUAAGACCUUACGCGCCGGGAUGAAGAGCGAGAAGUUGGUGCCGCCCGGCGAGGUGUUCGUGGUGGAGACGAUGCGGGUUUUCGAUCGGCAGCCACAACACAACUCACCGCCACAGGGAGGGGUUCUGGGAGAUUCGGCGACGGAGAGGGUGUUUAAGAGUUUGGGCAGGCCGGCGACGAGGGUGCAGAUGAAGCUGAUCAGGGACGUGGAGGGCAGGUUUGGAGAGCUGCGAUUUGGAAGUCGCAUGUUUAGUGAUCACAGUCCGGCCAGGUAUGAGGCCAGUCUUGCGGCGCUGGGCACGGGGAUUUUGGAGAGUUAA